AUGGCUACUAGUCGGCCCCCUGCUGGGCGGAAGCUGCAGCCCAAACCCUCUCUCGCCCUCACGCAGAACCACAUUCCCCGUCAUGUCGAGCGCAAAAGGAAACCGCCUGCGCGGUUUAGUAAAGGCGAGCGCGACUUCCAGAUCGAGGACGCGUAUAAAGCGAGAAAAAGGACUCCGAGACCAGCAGACGCAUCAGAGACACAGCAAGCCACGCAAACGAUCAGGGUUGUUUUGCCCGGUCCGGAUCUCGCCUACGAGUCGGACGUCUCGUCGCUCACGGACCUUGAAGACCUUGAGGAUAUCGAGGACCCGUUUGAAGAUACCGCCGACAUUUCACACGACGUAUAUGGACCCGCUGUCAGCGAAGAGGAGCAAAGACGCCCAGAGGGCGGAUACCGAGACGCCAUAUCCGCCUUCCAGGAGAGCCUCAAUGCCUUGCAAAGCCGUAAUCGCAUACUCGAAGAUGAAGUGACAAGGUUGACCAAGCAGAACGAGGCGUUGGCUUGUGCCAAUGCCUUGGUAACUGAGGUUUCGCCCGCCGAUCUCCACGAGAAGAAUGAAGAAAUCAAAGCACUCCGCCGACGGCUUGCACGGACACUGGAUAUGGUCGAGUUAGCCCGGCCGUUGUCAGAUUGGGAGUCGUUUGCCGAGUCUACGGGCAUUAUCUACCAGGAGAUGCAUACUCUGAGUAAUUACGUGGCCUACGUAGCGGAUCCACUGACCCACAUCAGAGUCCAGGACAUCCGACGACUCCGUACUGACUACGGGCUCAGCCACGAGGUUGCUAAUCUGCUUGCGCGAACAAUUGGCACUGUGUCGCUUCUAGCUUUAGACUCCGUAUCCGCCUUUAGAGCUCUUAUUUUCGGGUUCCUCCAGGAGCACGUUUUCGAUGCCCUGGAGCCGUGGAAUAGUUUUCAUACUGAUAGCAUUAAGCUGAGGCAUUACCAAGAGGUAAUAGAGCAAAGCAUUUCGCCAGAUGCCGUCGAAAAAUACCAUCGCGCAGCGGUUCGCCUCGCGAUUACAAGCCGACAGUUCAAGGAAGACUUCCUCCCAAGCCAUGUCGAAACCCUCUCCACAAAACUCCUCAAGAUGUUCGGUCCAUUCAUACAGAGAAAAAAGGUUAGCGGACAGCUUCAACGCCAAUUGCGGAUCCUAUUCCGCCACGCUGUGAACCUGCGCGCUGCGUGCUAUCCGGGCAAAGGGAUCCGCUACCAACUUGUGCAGUUUCUGCCAAACGCUGUAUACGACCCAGAGGCCAUGGAUGCCCAGACCGACGUCGGGAGGCCGGUACAUGUUCCCGCGGAUGGGCGCCCUCGGCUUAUCAAGGUCUGUGUGCAUGGGUUGCUCAAGGCACAUUCCGUCUCGGAAACAGUGUCUGGAGUCAAACUUGUUGAACGGCUCAGUUGCCCAUUUAUUUCGGAGGUUUCCUCUGAUGGUCAGGUGGUCAGCGAAAAGGCUACCGUUAUUUUACAAUAGUGACAAAGUCAUCCGAGAUGACAUUGCUUUGGUUUCUUCUAGAAAGCUUGGAGGGCAGGGGGCGUGGGUGUAGAAGAGGGGGCAACCGCCA